GGAUCAAUGGCAUUUCACCUCAUUGUGGGCAAAAUCUUGGCACUCCAUUCGAUUGGAUCCCACAGCUGAACUUAUUAAUGAAAUUCCCUCUCACAGUUAAAAUUAAAAAAAAAAAAAAAAAAAAAAAAAACCCAAAAAAUUAAUAUGAAUGUGGAAGAAAGGCAAUUUGAUGUUUGUAAUUAUCGAGGUAAACUCCACGACCUGCUGAAUGUAUGCAAAAUGGACCCUGAAUGGAGUAUAUAAAAGUGGUAUGUGCAGAGAAUAACAGCAAGUAUUGAGAUUUCUUUCUGGUAAAGCAAGUCAUCAUACAAGAUCUCUACCAUGAGUGCCAAGGGGGCCUCACUGAAAGGUUUGUUGCUGGUGGCCCUUCUGGUGUCCAACAUGCUCCUGACAAAGGAAGGAGUGACUUCCUUACCAAUCUGCCCUAAUGGAUCCAUCAAUUGCCAAGUUUCCCUUGAGGAACUUUUUGACCGAGCAGUUAAACUUUCACACUAUAUCCACUUCCUGUCUUCAGAAAUGUUCAAUGAAUUCGACGAACGCUACGCUCAGGGCCGGGGUUUUAUUGCAAAAGCUGUUAAUGGCUGCCACACUUCCUCCUUAACCACUCCUGAAGAUAAGGAGCAAGCUCAGCAGAUUCAUCAUGAAGACCUACUGAAUUUAGUACUGGGAGUACUGCGCUCCUGGAAUGAUCCCCUGAUCCACUUGGCCUCUGAAGUACAAAGAAUCAAAGAAGCUCCAGAAACCAUUCUCUGGAAGGCUGUAGAAAUUGAAGAACAAAACAAGCGGCUUCUAGAAGGAAUGGAGAAAAUAGUUGGGAGGGUUCAUUCUGGUGAGAUCGGAAAUGAAAUUUACUCUCCGUGGGAAGGACUUCCAUCUCUUCAACUUGCUGAUGAGGACUCCAGACUCUUUGCCUUUUACAACCUGCUGCAUUGCCUCCGCAGAGAUUCCCACAAAAUUGACAACUAUCUCAAGCUUCUGAAGUGCCGCCUAAUCCACGAUAACAAUUGUUAAGUACGCAUGGGCCUAACCACUUACCGAAAUCAUUCAUCAUGAUGUUCUUGAUGCUUUGCCACUUAUCAUUGCAAACUUUAUGAAAAGUCACACUGUGCAGUAUUUGUAUGAUCAGUAAUUUUCAGGUAUGUUUGUACAAAUUCUGGCUGCAACUAUUAGCACCAUAUAUCUUGGUGUUUUAAAAUGUUAUCAACUUCUUGUAUGACAAGAAUACGCUUUUCUGUCUAAUCUCCUCACCUCACUACUUAUUAGUAUUUUCGUCAUAAACAGGUAUGCAGAUACAAAUAAAAAUAUUCUUAAAUCCAAAAAACAUA